CACAGGUCACUUCACCCAGGUGGUGUGGAAGGGCAGCACGGAGCUGGGCAUGGGCAAGGCCAAGGACAAGAAGGGCAAGGUCAUCGUGGUGGGCAGCUACCGGCCGGCGGGCAACAUGAUUGGCUCCUUCACCAGCAACGUCUUCCCGCCCAAGUAGAGGUCAGAGGUCACACACAGCGCCUGACCCCUGACCCCCGGCACGGCUGAACCCUGACCCCUGGCACCUGACCACUGACACUCCUGACUCCUGACCCCUGAACCCUGACCCAUGGACCCCUGACCACUGACACUCCUGAUCCC